AUGGCCGCUGUUCCCCAGAAUAAUCUACAGGAGCAACUACAGCGCCAUUCAGCCAUCAAACUUAAUAACAAAUUAAGUCCUUCUAAACCGAGAUCUUUAGGUUUUACUUUUAAAAAGAAAAUAACGACGGCCAGCAAUGUAUCUGUCACUAGUGUGUCAGUAGCGAAAACACCUGUGUUCAAUGAUAAAGAUGUUAAUGUCACUGAGGCCUUUUCCUUCACUGGACCUCCGCCCCUCACCACAAGUCAGCAGACAAGGCCCAGCGACUUCAAAAGUGCUCCAGCAGGACAGCAAACCAGGAGAGCGGUUUCAAAACCAUUAUUGCCAGAGGUGUUGCAGGUUUCACAGGGGGUCUUAUGUAAUACGCCGAACACACCAAUCGUAAAGAAAUCCAGUAAUGCUACUUUCAAGAAAUUAGAAUUUAGUUCUUCAUCAGAUUCUUUUAUUACCAUCAAUGAUUGGGAUGAUAUGGAUGACUUUGAUACUUCUGGAAAUUCAAAAGCAUUUGUUACGCCAUGCAAAAAUCACUUUGUGAGAGUAAGCACUGCUCAGAAAUCAAAAAAGUCUAAGAGAAACUUUUUGAAAGCACAGCUUCCCGAAGCAAAUACAGGAAAGGCUGAUUUGACUCCAUCCUCCUCUGAAAGCAAGCAAGCAUGUUUGACUAAGAAACAGAAUGACGACUCGGAAUGGUUCAGUAACGAUGUGAUUUGCAUUGACGAUGACCCCAAUCCUGAAGAGCUUAUACGUGGAGAUGCUCAGGAGAGUCAUCCUUUAAAAACUCAUUUAGGAGAAGAAAGAGAUGGUAGUGAAAAGAAGAACUUGGAAGAAACGGAAUUACAUUCAGUUGAGAAGUCUCCAUGUGUUGAGCUUGAUGAAGAUGAUUACGAUACAGACUUUGUCCCACCUUCUCCAGAAGAAGAAGUGAUUUCUGCCUCUUCCUCUUUAAAAUGUUUCAGUAUGUUAAAGGACCUUGACACCUCUGGCACAAAGGAUAGUCCUAGCACAUCCAAGGACUUGCUAACGCCCGAGGGGAUGACAACGCAGCAGCCCACUCAAGAGACCAGCACAGACUGUGACGGUACAAAAGUUAGACAGACAAGUUUGCAGCAGCAGCUUAUUCACGUGAUGGACCAGAUCUGUAAAUUAGUCGAUACUAUUCCUGAUGAUGAACUGAAAGCUCUGGAUUGUGGGAAUGAACUGCAUCAGCAGCGGGACAUAAGAAGGAAGCUCCUGGCCGAAGCUGACCUUAAUACAAGGGACGCCAGUAUUCUUGCUUCAGGGUGGAGAUGCAGGCCUGACUCACCUGGUAGCCCUCUGGAGGGGAUGGCAUCUGUUUCUGCUCUCGAUGCAUUUCCAAAGGGCAAUUCCUGUCCUACAGGGAAUUCUGUUAAGGAGUUAAAUUUUCCACACCUUCCCUCACAUUCCAGUUCCACUAGGGAGUGUUUACUGGCUACUACCCCGGGAAAGACAGGAUUCUCAGCCACCACGAAGAAUCCCCUUGAAAGACCGUUAUUCAGUCCCCAUUUACAGAAGUCCUUUGUAAGUAGCAACUGGGCUGAAACACCAAGGAUAGAAAAAAGAAAUGAAAGCUCUUACUUCCCGGGAAAUGUUCUCACAAGCACGGCUGUGAAAGAUCAGAAUAAACGCGCUGCACCAAUAAAUGACUUAGAAAGAGAAAUCCAGGCUGCCUGUGAUAUUGACACUUUUGACAUAGAUGGCUUUGAUGACGAUGAUGAUGAUGAUGACUGGGAAGAUAUUAUGCAUAAUUUAGCAGCCAGCAAAUCUUCCACAGCUGUCUGUCAACCUAUUAAGGAAGGUCGGCCAGUUAAGCCAGUAUCAGAAAGAAUUUCUUCAGCCAAGACAAACUGUCUUCCAGUGGCAUCUACUGCUCAAAAUAAAAACUCAGAGUCAAUUCAGAAUUACACUGACAAGUCGGCGCAAAAUUUAGCAUCCAGAAAUCUGAAACAUGAGCGUUUCCAAAGUCUUAGUUUUCCUCAUACAAAAGAAAUGAUGAAGAUUUUUCAUAAAAAAUUUGGCCUGCAUAAUUUUAGAACUAAUCAGCUAGAGGCGAUCAAUGCUGCGCUGCUGGGUGAAGACUGUUUUAUCUUAAUGCCCACUGGAGGUGGUAAAAGUCUGUGUUACCAGCUCCCUGCCUGUGUCUCUCCUGGUGUCACUAUUGUCAUUUCUCCCUUGAGAUCACUCAUAGUAGAUCAAGUCCAAAAGCUGACUUCCUUGGAUAUUCCAGCUACAUAUCUGACAGGUGAUAAGACUGACUCAGAAGCAACAAGUAUUUACCUGCAAUUAUCCAAGAAAGACCCAAUUAUCAAACUUCUAUAUGUUACUCCAGAGAAGGUCUGUGCGAGUAAUAGACUGAUUUCCACUCUGGAGAAUCUGUAUGAGAGGAAGCUCUUGGCACGUUUUGUCAUUGAUGAAGCACAUUGUGUCAGUCAGUGGGGACAUGAUUUUCGCCAAGAUUAUAAAAGAAUGAAUAUGCUUCGCCAGAAGUUCCCUUCUGUUCCAGUGAUGGCCCUUACCGCCACAGCUAAUCCCAGGGUACAGAAGGACAUCCUCACUCAGCUGAAGAUUCUCCAACCUCAGGUUAUCUGUGCAACAAUAGCAUUCGGAAUGGGGAUUGACAAACCCGACGUGCGGUUUGUGAUCCACGCGUCUCUCCCUAAGUCUGUGGAGGGCUACUACCAGGAGUCCGGCAGAGCUGGGAGAGACGGGGAAAUAUCGCACUGCCUGCUCUUCUAUACCUAUCAUGAUGUGACCCGACUGAAGAGGCUCAUACUAAUGGAAAAAGAUGGAAACCAUCAUACCAGAGAGACUCACUUCAAUAAUUUGUAUAGUAUGGUGCAUUACUGUGAAAAUAUAACAGAAUGCAGGAGAAUACAACUUUUGGCUUACUUUGGUGAAAAUGGAUUUAAUCCUGAUUUUUGUAAGAAAUACCCAGAUGUUUCUUGUGAUAAUUGCUGUAAAACAAAGGAUUAUAAGACAAGAGAUGUGACUGAUGAUGUAGAAAAUAUUGUCAGAUUUGUUCAAGAACAUAGUUCAUCGCAAGGAACAAGAAAUAAAAACCAUAUAGGUCCUUCUGGGAGAUUUACUAUGAAUAUGCUGGUCGACAUUUUCUUGGGGAGUAAGAGCGCAAAAAUUCAGUCGGGGAUAUUUGGAAAGGGCUCUACUUACUCACGACACAAUGCCGAAAGACUUUUUAAAAAACUGAUACUUGACAAGAUUUUGGAUGAAGACUUAUAUAUCAACGCCAAUGACCAGCCGAUUGCCUAUGUAAUGCUGGGAAAUAAAGCCCAAACUGUACUAAAUGGGCAUUUAAAGGUAGACUUUAUGGAAACGGAAAAUUCCACCAGUGUGAAAAAACAGAAAGCGUUAGUGGCAAAGAUAUCUCAGAGGGAAGAGGUGGUGAAGAAGUGUCUUGGAGAACUGACAGAAGUCUGCAAAUCUCUGGGAAAAGUUUUUGGUGUUCACUACUUUAAUAUUUUUAAUACUGUCACUCUCAAGAAGCUUGCAGAAUCUUUAUCUUCUGAUCCUGAGGUUUUGCUUCAAAUUGAUGGUGUUACUGAAGACAAACUGGAAAAAUAUGGUGCAGAAGUGAUUCCAGUAUUACAGAAAUACUCUGAGUGGACAUUGCCAGCUGAGGACGGUUCCCCACGGGGAAGCCCGGGCAGCCGCAGAGGCACCAGAAGACGCGCCGCCGAGGAGUUCGAUGAGGAAACACCCGUAUCUUCUCACUACUUUGCAAAUAAAACCAAAAACGAAAGAAAGAGGAAGAGAAUGUCAGCCUCCCAAAGGCCUAAGAGGAGGAAAACCAGCUUUGGUGGCUCCAAGACCAAAGGGGGGUUCACCGUGUGCAGAAAGACAUCUUCUAAAAGUAAAUCCUCCAACAUAUUUGGACCCCAUUCCUCUGUGCAUGGUUCUCAAGCAGCAUCAGGAGCCACUAGAAAAUUGGGGAUUAUGGCUCCACCAAAGCCUAUAAAUAGACCGUUUCUUAAGCCUUCAUAUGCAUUUUCAUAACAACCAAAUCUCAAUGUACAUAGAUCUUAUUUCUUGUUUGUCAGCAUCUCACCAUCUGUGAAUAUAAAGCUGUUAGUUUUGUUAUACCAUUUAUAAUUUUUACACAUAACUAUUAAUAUUUAAAUAAAUGCUUGGGGUGACAGUUCUUAUUUUUAAAAUAAACGUUUUCUUUUGAAUAAG